AGUUCCAUUGUGCCUAUCGCGUUGAGCGGUGAUCGCGUCGCGCCAAGUUAUCGCGAUCGUGGUCCACCAAAGAUCAUUUGCGCAGGAAAUAAGUUGCAAUUAGCACUUGGUGAUCUUCCCGGAGAUAAUGUGAGGCAUUUCACUAGCUAUUAAGAACAUAGAAAAAAUUGAGCCGUCCGAAGCUUCAGUCUUCAGUCGUCCGAAGGUAGAGCGCUUUCCCUUACGAAACUUCAAGUUUGAGGCUUCUAACUGUUUGCAGAGUCAACUUAAAUCUAUAUACCUCAUAAAUCUCUCCCAUCAUGUCUUUGAGUGAUCCGGGAAUAGUAUGCUUCCAGCAUUGUGGUCCAAAGGUCUUUUGUGUUCGUUUGCCUGAAAAGUGUCCAUCAUGUACUCGUGAUCUUUUGGAGGCAUCUUUCAAACUUAUGCCAUUCCGACUGCCCUUUCCAUUUGUCAGGGCAUCUCAGUAUCCAGGAGCAGUUGUCCUGAGACCUACAACAGGAGACUUCCUCAAUGAGUACUUCAAUAGCAAGGAUCUUCAUAUCGGAGUUACCACAUCUACAGGAGCUAUUGUGGAAUUCGAUAGGGAUGGACUGAGAAGACAUACAGAGAAGGGGAGUAAGAUCUCAUGGAGUCAGAGUCUGCUUGUGGAGCAAAUUCCUGAAGCUUGGAUUGAUCAUUGGGAUACAGUUCUACUCCAAACUUGCAAGAAACCAAUGUGGUCUAGUGAGGAGUACAGAGAGGAUACAAACAACUGCUACACUUUUGUCCUGACCUUCCUGGAGGCUCUGGCUUACGGGGACUUGAGUAAGGCUGCUCAGAAUCGAACGCUUUUCUGUGAAAAAUACAUCGUGCCAAGAACAACAGCAGCUGGAAAGUAUAUUUCGCUGUACAGAAAAAUCCGAGACCAUGGACUGUACAUCCAUUCAACCCCUACAAAUGGCAUUAGUACCAAUGGGUCUCAUGGGAUGGAAAAACCGCCCACAAAUACCUUCGGCAUAGGAGGAAAAUUGUGCAGCAUUCGUGAAUGAUUGUUGAUUGAGAAUCAACCUUCAAGGCAUUUAUUUAUUCUUUCAGACAAAUAUUAGUUUUAUGUUGUGUAAUUUAUUGUCGUUGGCAUUAUGUGGUGUUAACCCAUGGCAAAAGGGAUAUAUCUUGAAAAGUUUUCCCAUUGGAGAUUAGAGUUACUCCAAUGAAUAAGAUAUUUGAUGUGAAAAUUAACUGACACUAUACUUGUCCAAGAGUUAGUGCAGGAUCGAUGAGGAGGCAAAGAGAGGGUUAUAAUAUACUAGUGUAACAUAAAGUUCUCAACGAGAAAUUCUGAACUAAGGGUGUGAUAAAUACAAUGGCUAAUAAAUAUUAGAUUGUUGCUUUUCACCACAA